UUAAGUGUGGUUGAUCACGCCUACAAAUUACGGAAGUGCUGUGAAUUUUUCUAUGUUAAUGUAGAUUAGUAGUAAACUUUACAUGAUUAUUGUUCUUUGAAGUUUUUAAGUUAUUUGGUUGGCACCCACGGUUUGCUUUUAAGUAGCCUUGGUUAUAGCCGCCUAUUUUUGAAUAUGAAACUGAAACUGCAGUGAAGGCGUGAAUGAAAGCUGUUGACUGUAGUGUGCUUGUUCAUAACAAGACUCCAGAGCAAAACUCCAUCGAGCUGAAAUGGUAGCUUUUUUGGAUUUACUGCAUACAGUUUCACAAAAACUGAAAGGUGACGACCUUAAGGCAUUAAAGUUUCUCUGUGGCGAUAAAAUCGGGAAAAAGAAAUUGGAAAGCGUUGAAAGCGGUACCGACCUUUUCGCUCUCCUCAUUGAGCUGAAUGAAAUAUCUGCGAACAACACAUCCUUCCUUCAGGAGAUUUUAAAUCGCGUUUGUCGGCAUGAUCUCGCAGACGAAGUCAAACGUUUCGACGACUCUGCGUGCGAUUCUUCAAGCGAAGUGCUAGACCAGAAAGAAAAAGACCGACUGGAAAUAGCUUAUAAAGUCAUUUGUGGACAGGUUGGAAAAAACUGGAAGAUGUUGGCUCGGAAACUUAAGAUUCCUGAAGCAAAACUUGAUGCCAUCGUACAAGCAAACCCUUACGAUCUCCAAGAACAGCUAAUGCAGUCCCUAAUGUAUUGGCAGAAAACAAAAGGGGUGGCUGCCAAAGCUGAGGAUUUGGUGCAGGCUCUCAAACUCUGCCAAAUGAACUUAGUUGCAGAUUAUGUAAUGUUGCAACUUGAUAAAUGAGCUUGAUUUUUUGUUUUUACAAUAAAGUAUAGUGAAAACAAAUGUGAUUGUUAUGUAGUUGGCACAAAGAUGCAGCAGAGAUUAAAUUAUUCAGAAACACCAGA